GAUGGACGGCUGAAUCCAGCGCCGGCUGUUUGUGGGAUGGAUCGCCUUAACUCCACCCAAGUCUCCAACAACCAGUCAGACUUCAGCAGCAUCUUCAUCAAGCAGGUCCUUCCGUCCUUGUACUGCAUCAUCUUCGUGGUGGGCGUUCCCCUCAACGGCAUGGCCGCCUGGAUCUUCUUCAGGGUACCUGGGGACUCGGGUUUGGUGGUCUACCUGAAGAACAUGGUGGUGGCCGACCUCCUCAUGAUGUCCACCCUCCCCUUCAAGGUGGCCCACGACCUGGACUUCGGUACCUGGCAUAUCCGAGUGAUCACCUGCCGCUACACCGCCGUGCUCUUCUACUCGUCCAUGUACACAGGAAUCGUCUUCAUUGGUUUUAUUGGCCUGGAGCGCUACGUCAAGGUUGUCCACCCCUCUUCGUCCUCCACCUCGUCCCGCAGGUUCAUGUUUGGUGGGGUUUCCUCACUGCACCUCCUGCAGAGCCCCCGAUUCGCCCGGGUGUUGGCCCUUUUCACCUGGGGGCUCCUGAUCCUCAUCGUCCUGCCCAACGUCAUCCUGACGAGCCGAACGGCCGAUGAGCAAAGCUCCAGGAAAUGCAUGCAGCUGAAGACGCCGCUGGGCCUCAAGUGGCACAAGGUGUCCAUCUACUUCAACGUGUCCCUGUUCUGGUUGACGCUGAUCAUCCUGGCCUUCUGCUACACCUCCAUCGCCUGCCAAGUGUACAAGUCAUACCGACGCGUUCGCCGCGACAAGGGCCACAUCUGCCGCAAGUCCAACCGCAGCAUCUUCAGCAUCCUGGCAGUGUUCUUUAUUUGCUUCGUGCCGUACCAUGUCUGCCGAGUGCCGUACACCCUGAGCCAGAUGCCGGCGUCGGUUUUCGGUGGGCACACCCGUUUCCUGCUGUUCCAGCUGAAGGAGGCAACGCUUUUCCUGUCCGCGCUCAAUGUCUGCCUCGACCCCGUAGUCUACUUCCUCAUGUGCCGGACCUUCAGAGAGUCGCUGCUCAGGAAACUGUCAGGAAAACAGAGGAGGAGAUCGCUGGCCAACGGACAGAGUCUGAGCAACGUCUACCGCGAGAGGACGGACGAGACGAGAGACAAGUAGAGUUGAAAGUUACCAAGAUUGACUUUUUACGAACCAUACCAAUAAUCAGAAGUAUACAGAAGAGUAUUAGGGCCAUGCAGGAGAAAAAAUAUUUGAGAGGGGAAGAUUUAUUUUUAUUGUGCACUUCGAGAAAAAAGUCAAUGUCAAGAAAAAAGCCGAAAUGUCGAGAUAAAAGUCGAAAUGUCGAGAUUGAUGUUGAAAUACAAUUUCGAGAAUAAAGUCGAAAUUUUGACUUUUUUCUCGACAUUUCGACUUUUUUCUCGAAAUUGUACAUCAUUAUUCUCAAAA